AUGCGCGUCAAGCCCGGGCUCAGCUCGUUCGCGUCGGAUCCGCAAGGCGCGGGGGAGUCGCUCCGGCCGCUGUACGAGUUUGCACGCGGCUUGGUCCCACACGCGUACGUCGCGAGGACGCCCAUCGUGCUCAUGGCCACCGCGGGGCUUCGCUCGGUGCCCGAUCGGGGCGCGCGGGACGCCAUCCUGCGCAGCUGCCGCGCCUCCCUGGCGCGAUCGCCCUUCCUCUUUCGAGACGGAUGGGCCCAAGUCAUCGCGGGGAGCAAAGAGGGACUGUACGCCUGGGUCGCCGCCAACUACGCCGCCGAUUCGCUGUUCGCCAGGGACCCGCGGCAUACCCUCGGGGUCCUCGAGCUCGGAGGCGCGUCGAUGCAGGUCACGUUCAAGGUUCCCGAAGAUGCGCCCGAGAAGGUUCCCGACGAAUUCACCGAGCACAUCCACGUGCCAACCAUCACCGUGUACACCCACAGCGCGUUGGGUUUGGGACAGGAGGCGGCGUUCGAGGCGCACGAGCGCGCGCUUCGGGCGGAACUGACGAGUCGCGGUGAAACGACGACACAGCUGUACGACCCGUGCGUGCCCGUCGGCUACGUGUCGAAGCGUCCCGAUGCGUCGUCCCCCCCAAUUCGGCCCGGCGGCAACUUCACCGCGUGCGUGGAUCGCGCGCGUGCGCUGCUGGGGCUUCACGACCCGUGCCCGCACGAGCGGUGCGGGGUGAAGGGGAGCUACCUCCCGCCGGCCAUCAGGGGCGAGAUGCUCGCCACGGAGAACUUCUUCUACACCGCGCGGUUCCUGGGUCUGCCAGAGCAGGCGACGAUCGCGCAGAUGGCGGGCGCGGGGGAGAGGGUGUGCGGCGCGGAGUGGCGGUCGCUGGACGAGACGUUCGAGGAGGACGAGUCCAGUCUGGCGAGGUACUGCUUCUCGUCUGCGCUCAUCGUCGCCGCGCUGGUACACGGCUUGAAACUCCCGGCGCAGGCUAAGAUUCGGUUCAGCAACAGCGUCGGGGGAAAGGCGGUGGACUGGGCGAUGGGCGCGGCGAUCGCGUUCACCGCAUCGGCCGUCGAGCGAGAGGAGGAGUGGCUGUUGGGGUCGAUGGGCAAUCGAUGGACGGAUGCGUUUGGCGACGUGGGAGUCGGGUUCGACUGGCGAAUUUUGGUUUUGGUCUUCGCGGUUUUGGUUUUGGUUUUGGUUUUGGCGUCGAGGCGGUCGCGGCGCGCGAGGAUGGUGGAGCGUAGGAUCCGCGCCAAGGUCCAGGCGUGGGGCAGCGCCGGGCGCCUGACCCGCUCGGAGGGAACGUUCGGCAGCCUCACCAGCUUCAAGAGCCCCGCCAAGGACCACUAA